AGUAUGCCUUCUGGGUUAAUAUGUUGAGGUGUUUUUUUUUUUCCUCUAUAAUAUCUUCUUGAUGAUACAAGACUGGAUAUUAAUGCCUCACAGACUCAAGAAGUGUAACGUGUGAACGAAUCGUUUGGACCUAGAUUAUGAACCCUGGUUGUUUUGAAAGGGAUGUUCAGGAGGCAACCUUGGCAAGAAAACUUGCUGCAUAAUCUUACAUGGGCUAAAGAUGAAACUUUAAACUGAUAGGCCUUGAGUGGAACUCGACAGAAGAUGUUACAACAGUUUUAUCUCUGGAGAUGGUUAGCUUCUGGAAUUUUCCUUGUUUCUUUCUUCACCACAUGUUUUGGCCACUCUGAUGAUGACUGGCAAUAUGAGGAUUGCAAACUAGCUAGGGGAGGACCGCCAGCUACCAUAGUUGCUAUUGAUGAAGAGAGUCGGAAUGGUACCAUUCUGGUGGAUAACAUGCUGAUCAAAGGGACCGCUGGAGGACCAAACCCCACCAUAGAACUCUCUUUAAAGGACAACGUGGAUUACUGGGUGCUGUUGGAUCCUGUUAAGCAAAUGCUUCUCCUGAACAGUACGGGCAGAGUUCUGGAUAGAGAUCCACCAAAUAAUAUACACUCCAUCGUGGUGAAAGUCCAGUGUGUCAACAAAAAAGUGGGCACCGUUAUCUUCCACGAAGUUCGAAUAGUGGUCAGAGACAGGAAUGACAACUCACCUGAAUUCAAGCAUGAAAGCUACUAUGCCACAGUGAAUGAGCUCACCCCAGUUGGCACCACGAUAUUUACAGGAUUUUCAGGAGACAAUGGAGCUACAGAUAUAGAUGAUGGCCCAAAUGGACAGAUAGAAUAUGUUAUUCAGUAUAAUCCAGAUGACCCGGCAUCCAAUGAAACCUUUGAAAUUCCGCUCAUGUUGACUGGAAAUGUAGUGUUAAGGAAAAGGCUCAACUAUGAAGAUAAGACACGCUACUUCGUCAUCAUUCAAGCUAAUGAUCGUGCACAAAAUCUGAAUGAAAGGCGAACCACCACCACCACCCUCACAGUGGAUGUGCUGGAUGGAGAUGACUUGGGUCCAAUGUUUCUUCCUUGUGUCCUUGUGCCAAACACUCGUGAUUGUCGUCCAAUCACCUAUCAAGCUGCCAUACCAGAGUUGAGAACUCCGGAAGAACUGAACCCCAUCAUUGUUACUCCACCAAUACAAGCCAUUGACCAAGACCGGGACAUCCAGCCACCAUCAGAUAGGCCAGGAAUCCUCUUCUCCAUCCUUGUUGGGACUCCUGAGGAUUACCCACGGUUUUUCCAUAUGCAUCCUAGGACUGCAGAACUUAGUCUCCUGGAGCCAGUAAACAGAGACUUUCACCAGAAAUUUGAUUUGGUUAUUAAGGCUGAACAGGACAAUGGCCAUCCUCUUCCUGCCUUUGCCAGUCUACAUAUUGAAAUACUGGAUGAAAACAACCAGGCCCCCUAUUUCACAAUGCCCAGCUAUCAAGGCUAUAUCCUGGAAUCGGCCCCAGUGGGAGCAACCAUUUCUGAAAGUGUCAAUUUGACCACCCCUCUAAGAAUUGUGAUUCUGGACAAGGACAUAGAAGAUACAAAAGACCCAGAGGUUCAGCUUUUUCUGAAUGAUUAUACUUCAGUGUUCACCGUCACGCAGACUGGAAUCACUCGUUUCCUCACCUUGCUUCAGCCAGUGGACCGGGAAGAACAGGACACUUACAUCUUCUCGAUUACAGCCUUUGAUGGUGUGCAAGAAAGUCAGCCAGUUGUUGUCAAUAUUCGAGUGAUGGAUGCAAAUGAUAACACUCCAACCUUCCCUGAAAUAUCCUAUGAUGUCUACGUUUAUACAGAUAUGAGUCCUGGGGAUAGUGUCAUACAGCUCACUGCAGUCGACGCAGACGAAGGUUCAAAUGGGGAGAUCACAUAUGAAAUCCUGGUUGGGGCUAAGGGAGACUUCAUCAUCGAUAAAGAAACAGGGCUUAUCACCAUCGCUCCAGGGGUGGAAUUGAUAGUCGGGCACACGUACGCGCUCACGGUCCAAGCAUCGGAUAAUGCUCCUCCUGCAGAGAGAAGGCACUCCAUCUGCACUGUGUACAUCGAAGUGCUUCCUCCAAACAAUCAAAGCCCUCCCCGCUUCCCACAGCUGAUGUACAACCUCGAAGUCAGUGAAGCCAUGAGGGUUGGUGCUGUUUUAGUAAAUUUACAGGCAACUGAUCGAGAAGGAGACCCAAUAACAUAUGCCAUUGAGAAUGGAGAUCCUCAACGAAUGUUCAAUCUUUCAGAAACUACUGGGAUUCUAACCUUAGGGAAAGCACUGGACAGGGAAAGCACCGAUCGCUACAUUCUAAUCGUUACGGCAUCGGAUGGCAGGCCAGAUGGGACCUCAACUGCCACAGUAAAUGUGGUGGUGUCAGACGUCAAUGACAAUGCUCCCAUGUUUGAUCCUUACCUGCCUAGGAAUCUGUCUGUGGUGGAAGAAGAGGCCAACGCCUUUGUGGGUCAAGUGAGGGCAACUGACCCUGAUGCUGGAAUAAAUGGCCAAGUGUAUUACAGUUUGGGCAACUUCAAUAAUCUUUUUCGAAUCACAUCCAAUGGGAGUAUUUACACAACAGUGAAGCUUAACAGGGAAGUCAGGGACUACUAUGAACUUGUUGUUGUGGCAACUGAUGGAGCAGUACACCCUCGUCAUUCAACGCUAACACUGGCCAUCAAAGUUUUGGACAUUGAUGAUAAUAGUCCUGUGUUCACCAAUUCUACAUAUACUGUUGUUGUUGAAGAGAAUCUGCCGGCUGGGACCUCCUUCCUUCAAAUAGAGGCCACAGAUGUUGACCUUGGAGCAAACGUGUCUUAUCGAAUAAGAAGCCCAGAAGUGAAACAUAUUUUUGCACUACAUCCAUUUACAGGAGAACUCUCCCUUUUAAGGAGUUUGGACUAUGAGUCAUUUCCACCCCAAGAAGCAAGCAUCACUUUUCUAGUGGAGGCCUUUGAUAUUUAUGGGACAAUGCCACCUGGUAUUGCGACUGUCACAGUGAUAGUAAAGGAUAUGAAUGAUUAUCCUCCGGUGUUCAGUAAACGUGUCUACAAAGGGAUAGUGGCUCCAGAUGCUGUCAAGGGUACACCCAUCACAAGCGUUUAUGCUGAAGAUGCAGACCCUCCUGGGUUACCUGCAAGUCGGGUGAGGUAUAGAGUAGAUGAUAUCCAGUCUCCUUAUCCUGCCAGUAUUUUUGAUGUAGAAGAAGAUUCUGGAAGAGUAAUAACUCGCGUCAAUCUUAAUGAAGAACCUACCACCAUUUUUAAGUUGGUGGUCAUUGCGUUUGACGACGGUGAGCCUGUGAUGUCCAGCAGCGCCAUCGUGAAAAUUCUUGUCUUACAUCCUGGAGAGAUUCCACGUUUCACACAAGAGGAAUAUAGGCCUCCUCCAGUAAGUGAACUUGCACCCAGAGGAACUAUGGUUGGUGUAAUUUCUGCUGCAGCCGUCAAUCAGAGUAUCGUGUACUCCAUUGUUGCAGGAAAUGAAGAGGACAAGUUUGGAAUUAAUAACGUCACAGGUGUUAUCUACGUGAAUGCCCCCCUGGACUACGAAACAAGAACGAGCUAUGUACUGCGAGUCCAAGCUGAUUCCCUGGAAGUGGUCCUUGCCAACCUCCGAGUCCCUUCGAAAAGCAAUACAGCUAAAGUAUAUAUUGAGAUUCAGGAUGAAAACGAUCAUCCCCCAGUGUUUCAGAAAAAAUUCUACAUUGGAGGUGUAUCUGAAGAUGCAAAAAUGUUUUCUUCUGUGCUCAAAGUUAAGGCUACUGAUAAAGAUACUGGCAAUUAUAGUGCCAUGGCGUAUAGACUUAUAAUCCCACCAAUCAAAGAAGAAAAAGAAGGAUUUGUAAUCGAUACAUAUUCAGGGCUUAUCAAAACUGCUAUGCUCUUCCAUAAUAUGAGGAGGUCCUACUUCAAAUUUCAAGUCAUCGCAACUGACGACUAUGGGAAGGGACUAAGCGGCAAAGCAGAUGUACUUGUCUCUGUUGUCAAUCAGCUGGACAUGCAAGUCAUUGUUUCUAAUGUGCCUCCCACUCUGGUGGAAAAAAAGAUAGAAGAGCUUACAGAGAUUUUGGAUCACUACGUUCAGGAGCAAAUUCCUGGUUCCAAAGUGGUGGUGGAGUCCAUUGGUGCUCGCAGGCAUGGUGAUGCCUUUUCUCUGGAAGAUUACACCAAGUGUGACUUGAUGGUCUAUGCAAUCGACCCCCAAACCAACAGAGCCAUUGACAGAAAUGAGCUUUUUAAGUUUUUAGAUGGCAAACUGCUCGAUAUCAAUAAAGACUUUCAGCCUCAUUAUGGGGAAGGAGGACGCAUCCUGGAAAUCCGGACUCCACAGGCAGUGACCAGCAUUAAAAAACGAGGAGAAAGUCUAGGCUACACAGAAGGGGCCUUGCUGGCUCUGGCCUUCAUCAUUAUCCUCUGCUGUAUUCCUGCCGUCUUGGUGGUUUUGGUCAGCUACAGACAGUUUAAAGUACGCCAAGCUGAAUGCACCAAGACAGCGCGGCUCCAGGCCUCAAUGCCCCCGCCUAAACCAGCAGCUCCUGCCGCUGCACCAGUGGCUGCCCCUCCGCCUCCACCACCUCCGGGUGCGCAUCUCUAUGAAGAAGUUGGGGACAGCACAAUGAGAGGUUAUGCAUCAGAGCAACAACAACUGCUGAGGCCCUCUCUUCUUAAACCAGAGGAGUUAUCCAUGGAGUCUGGAAUUGAUCCUGGCCAGGAAUAUGGACAAGAUUAUUACAGUUAUGAGCAUGGGUAUGAAAUGCCUCAAUAUGGAAGUCGCCGUCGCUUAUUACCACCGGCUGGACAAGAGGAAUAUGGUGAGGUGGUUGGUGAAGCUGAGGAGGAAUAUGAGGAGGAAGAGUGGGCAAGAAAAAGAAUGAUCAAGUUAGUUGUCGAUCGAGAUUAUGAAACUAGCUCAACUGGAGAAGACAGUGCUCCUGAAUGUCAGAGAAACCGUCUUCACAACCCUAAUAUCCACAGUAAUAUUAAUGGCAAUAUAUACAUUGCACAGAAUGGUUCUGUGGUGAGAACCCGCCGUGCCUGCCUCACCGACAACUUUAAAGUCACUUCCCCUGUCCGCCUGGGGAGGCAUUUUAAGAAACUAGACAAGUUGGCAGUAACACAUGAGGAGAAUAUCCCCCUGAACACUUUAUCAAAGGGGCCAUUUUCUACUGAGAAAAUGAACACGAGACCAACCCUGGUUACGUUUGCCCCUUGCCCAUUGGGGACUGACAGUACCACGGUGAAGCCAUUGGGGAACAAGUUGAAAAGCACAGUCGAACAGGAGUCCACAGUUGACAAUAAGAACAGCAAGGAAGCUUUGGAACUGCAUAGUGACCACACACAGUCAGAUGAGGAGGAGCUCUGGAUGGGCCCCUGGAACAACCUCCAUAUACCAAUGACAAAACUGUGACAGAUUUUUUAAAUGUUAUUUUGAUUUUUACUUUAGUUUUUAAUAAACUGUGCUUUUUAUUGUCACUGAGAAAACAAUGUAUGGAAUUUUUAUCAUGCGCACAAGCUAAAACUUUGAUGAUAUGCUUUAAAAUUUAAAAAUUGA